AUGGCGUCGUCUCCGGAAGCUCCGUCAGGCAGCAGCAGCAGCAGCAGCGAAGACGAGUUUGACCUGGGCGGGUCUUCGCUCAAGUCCAGUGGAGAGGCUCCGGCGAGCGGUAAGUCGGCUGACGCGGCUGAGCGCGUCAGCGACGACAGGAACGAGGAGAAGCAGGAGGCGGAUAAUGACAAGAGAGAGGGUGAUGACAGGAGAGGGGUGCAGCCGGCAGCCAAGAAAGAGGCGGUCUUGAGCGAGAAGGACAAGGAGAUGGAAGAUUUGUUUGGCUCGGACUAUGACUCGGGCGAAGAAGAGUUUAAAGCGUCAGGUGUCAAGGAAUCGCCCGCUCGGGAAGGAGCACGCAGCAAUGAAGACCUGUUUCGCGAUGAUGUAGGGGACCGCAGCGCUUCGGGAGGGGGUGAUGGUGACAGUGGCUACUCGGACAGCAUUUGGCUGCCCCGGAUUCCCAAGGCUUCCAAGACAGCCAAGUACUUUAUCAGCAAAAUGCCCAACAUCUUGCGUCUCGUUCCUGAGCCGUAUACGAAGGAAGCUAUUCGGGUUGAUAUGGACAAUCCGUCCGACGAGAUGUUGUACCGCAACUACGUGCGCUGGCGGUACAAGCGCGACCCGACGACAGGUCGCGUCCUGCUGGAUGAGACGACAAAAAGGCCGCUACGGGAAUCCAACGCCAAGUUGGUGCAGUGGGAGGACGGCACGUUCUCUAUGUUUGUGGGCAAAGAAGCACUGACGUUGUCUCGUCAGAAGCUCGCCAACUCGUUUUUGUUUGUGAAUGAGAUGGCGAGCGAUAGUCCGCACUUCCAGGAUAAUGACGACGUGGUGCCGGGACAGGAGAGUGUGUUGGAGUGUCACGCACGACUAAGGGAGAAGUUUACGAUUCGUCCGAUGACUACUGCCAGCAAGUCACACCAGAGCCUCACCAUGUCCAUGCGCGCCAAACAUAAUAAGAGUGUGCAGAAAAUGAAGGAGUACAUCUCCGAGUUGGACGGCGAGCGCGAGCAGGAACAGCGCGUGAAGAUCACGGACGAGAAGCUGAGGUUGCAAAAUCGCAAGAAGGCACGCCAGGGCUACGAGUUUGACCGCGAACGCUCCUCACGCAUGGAUGUGCAGUUCCUGGAGGAAGGCUACGAUGCCAUGGAUUAUGAAGAUGAUGAGCACGUGGGUGCUAUCAAGGAACAAUACGGGAAGCGGAAGAGCCCGGCUGCUCAGCGAAAGAAUGGCGCUCGUCGUCCUGUGCCCGGUGGUGGCUUUGACGAGUACCGCAGCAGCCAGCGCCAGCGCGAGCGUGAGCGUGACGGUGAUCGAUCAGAGAGCGACAACGAUGCUGGUAUGGACGAAGGCGAGGACGAGGAUGACGAAGAAGAGAUGGUCAUCCGCAGCCACAAGAAGCGACGCACAGUGGAUGAAGAAGACUCGGAGUAA